AUGGUGAAUAAGCCUGCUCAAGACAUUGCUGGCGAAUCACAAAGGAAGAAACUGUUUUCCAUCUCGAGAAGUUCUUGCAAAACAGAUGAAUCUGGCAAGGCGAAUCGUCUCCAAAUGGGUGGAGAUAAGGAUGAGCCCACAAAACGCCAAAUUGUAAGUUUACUGGUUUAUUAUCAGGGUGAGAACAUGUCAAGGGAAUUCGCCAAACAUCUGAGCUUCCGCCUAAAUGGUCGAAAAAAUUCCAAAGACACCACUUACCAUGAGAUACCGCACGAUCACAUUGACUUCCGCUACGAGUGCAUCCGGUCUCUUGGAAAGGGCAGUUUUGGCAAUGUCGUCCUCGUGAUCGAUCACAAGGAGGGCAAGGAGUGCGCCCUCAAGGUCGUUCGACGCGAUAUCCGUUUCACCACACAAGCCAAAGAAGAAAUUGCCAUCCUUGAGCUGCUUCAAAAGUCGAACCCCAAUCCAAAGGGCUCAUGGGAUCAUUUCCCCAUCGUCAGGCUGAUUGAACACUUCAUGUUUCGUGAGCACAUGUGCCUCAGCUUUGAAUUGCUCGGUUGUUCUCUGUACGAUUUGAUCAAGGACAAGAAGGAUCAGGGUCUGCCCCGAGACCGGGUCAGGCGGCUCAUGGCCUCUGUCUUGAACGGACUCUCCUACGUCUGGAAGGCGGGAAUAAUACAUUGUGAUCUGAAACCGGAGAAUGUCCUUCUCGUCAGCCGUGCCUCCGACGGUGGUCCCGAGGACAUUCGUGAUCACGUCAAAAUAAUUGAUUUUGGCUCAUCGUGUUUCGUUGGUAAACAAUGUUAUCCCUACAUCCAGUCGCGCUUCUACCGAGCACCCGAGGUCAUUAUGCGAUUGGAGUACAGCCAACCGAUCGACAUGUGGAGUUUUGGAUGUCUCGUCUUUGAAAUGAUACGAGGCUACCCAUUAUUUCCCGGUGAAGACGAGUUUGAUCAAUUGGCUUGCAUGAUGGAAAAGCUAGGAAUGCCUCCAUGGACGAUGGUGGGACCAUCGCGAGUCUUUUCUCGCUACUUUGCUGAAGUCGAUGGUACGCGUAAGUAUUACCGACCGCAAGAUAAGCAGACACCGCUAAAAUUCAUCCCACGCUACUGUACAAUUCGUCAAGUGUCGGAGGGAGUUGCUGAGCUGCAGCCUAAUCUCUCAAAAAAAACUCGACGUCUUCGAAAACCGCCUGGUUCAGUACCCGUAGCACACGCUCUCGUCAGUACCUUGUCUCACAGCUCGGGAAAGUACACCGACUACGUACCGACGCCAUCGGAGGAGGUGGAUAACAUUCAUGUGGUGAGGUUAGUCGAAGCCUGUCUCAAUUGGAUACCAGAGAAACGGAUAAAUCCGGAUCAGGCCAAAACUUUUUCCUGGUUCAACUAUAAGUCCACCCAUUACAAUGGACUUACCCAAAUGACACAACUAUCACGACCCACCUUGUUUCCCAACCUAUCUGCAGCCUCGAGCAAACGCUCUAGUGAGUCCAGCCAAGUGUCGCUACUCGCGGAGACUAUUCCAUCUCAUAAGGCGCCUCAACCGAAUGGGGGAUUCCUUCCCGUUGUUCCGGUUUAUGCUGCUGCAACGGCUGCAGCUCCAGUGCCGGCAAUGCUUUCCUCCUCACCACACAAUAUCAUGGCGCCUCGAAAUAUCGCCAACCCGAUGGCUUUAACAAAUCCCGCAAGGAUUAAGAACAGUGCGAUCGCUGUAUCACCGACCGGUUUGGAGCCCUAUAGGAAGCAUGGAUCUUCAGCUUCCAUCUCCUCUGGAGAAAAUAAACAGGAAGAGAGGGUAAUAUAUCCGCGCAUUAACAACAAACCACCAAGUCCAAAAUCCUCCAUUGUUGAAUACAAUCCUGGACAUGGCUAUAAUACGAGUAAUUUGGAAAAGAAGGUAUCCGAUAUUUCGUUGGCAUCUCACACCUCCAGUAUCGACGAUGUAGCGUCACGUACAUUCGACAACCUACGAUACAUUAAACGAAAUGGAGUACAGGUGAACGAACGCUACUUGGAGCCGAGCACGCGUUCACGACGACGGAAUCAAAGCAUGGAGCCAAAAAGGCACACUCAACCUGUCGGAGGCGAGGAGGUGACAAAAGAGCCAAACAUUCCGCCUUUGUUUGGCUACAUCUCUAGUAAGACAGCUGCUAGGAGCUCCUCGGAGGAGGAGGACUCAGAAAGUAGUGGAAGACACAAUCCCAAUUCCUUCAAUAAAACAUCGCAAUGGGACAUCUCCGCUGUGGAUCGACGUGCAGGAAAAGCCAUCAAUACUGAUGUCCGAAGUAAAGCACCAAAAGUGCCGCAAUACCUGUCCUUCAACACGGAAGCGCUCAUUGCUGAUAGACGUCCAGCUUUAGCAAAAACACGAUCGAUGGGAGAGCAUUCAGAAACUUUGACACAAAACAAUUCGGAUGAUUCUGAGAUGUCGUCCAUUAAGAGACCAAUUUAUGACAGUUUACGACGACAAAAAAGGAACAACUCGAGAGAUCUCCUUAAAGAGCCCAGAUUUUUGGAGUCAGGGACUAAAAUUUCACCACAGCAGCUGAAGGAGCUCCAGUCCACAAUUCCCUCAAGAACUCGACCUUACGUAACCAAAGAUGGAGGUGGCAAGUUGACACAACCACACACUGAUCAUAGACGUCGUCGAUUUGCGGGCAAAUCCUCCUCCACCAAUCAACUGAGUGAGUUCCGGGAUGUGGGCCUUACCAACUCGCACUCUAUUGAGAUGCUGACGAAUACACGUCCGCGGUUAAAUGAAGCUGGUGAUAGUGACAACAACAGUUUCAUGGAUUUAAACAAAAUACAGUCCUCCAUCAUGAUGAUUAAGCCACAGACGUAA